AGAGUAAAAAUAUGGUCAAAGCAACAAAGCCGUGCAAGAAAGAAAAGUCUUGAGAAGAUCAUCAAAGUUGCAGAGAUCAGCCACUAGAGAAUAUUGUUGUUUCUUGAAAGUUCUGAGUGGUAGAUUGUAGCUACAAAAGGGGUCAGUCUUGAUUUUUCCAUCUUGACUUGUUUCUCUCCUUGAAAAAUCACUUCAAUAUAUACAUACAUAACACAUAUAUAGAUCUUGUUCUUAAGUGGAGUCAUUAUUUUAUUGCAUCAAUCUUGCUUUGAAGAUUUGUGCAUCUUUAGCUUCCAUGGAUUGUUGUUCAUGCCAAUUAGCUUAGAAAUUCAUUUUCUUGUGCUAUAAUCUAUGUGAUUUUGUCCGCAGGAAGCUCAUUGUUCUUUCUUUUGCCUUUUCUUUGAUAAUACCCUCCAAAAAAUUGAGAUUGGAUUAGGUCGAUCUUUAUUGAAUUCUUAGUAAGAUUGGUUUUGGAUCAUAUCUUCCAUUGUUUGAUCCUAUCAUAUUGUGGUCCUUAUAGUUCCUUUCCAGUAUGCAACUUUCUGAGUAAUUUGGCUCUCUUUUAGUGAAUAUUCUAGGGUUCUACUAUUGGGAAAUUCCUAAAUUUUCUGUUGAUUGUAAUAUUGGGGGCAUAUGAGUGAUUUUUGGUUAGAAAAAUAGGGUUUUAGCUUUCAAUUUAAGUGGUUAACUUUCAAUUUCUGGUUUCGAAAAGAGGUGUUAGGUUUCCUGUGAUUCCUUGUGAUUUUGGGAUUGUCUCUUAUGCUAUGGGAGACUGUAAAUCUGUUAUUUCAAUGUUGGAAGGAGAAGAAAACUUGAUUGCUGCGGCGCAGCACCUCGUACAGGCACUGGAGACGAACAAGAAUUUGACGAAUGAUACGAGGAAAAUCUUGGCAGAUCUAGGCACCCAAUUGUCCUCCAUGUCUAAAGUGAAAGAAAGCAAGGAUGAGGAGGGGUUUGGUGAGAUUGAAGAAAGGUUAAAUGUUGUUCAGGAUAAGGUCAUGAAUUGGGAGGCGGAUCAGUCUAUGAUAUGGGAUAGUGGCCCUGAAGAAGCUUAUGAGUAUGUGAAGGCUGUGGACGAAAUCCGGAAGCUGACUGAAAGCUUAGAGUCUUUGCGUUUGAGUAAAGAUAGUGAGGAGAAUGAGCUUCUCAGGAGGGCUCACGAUGUUCUUCAGACUGCGAUGGCAAGACUUGAGGAAGAGUUCAGGCACCUGCUUGUUCAAAACAGGCAACCCUUUGAGCCUGAACGGAUGUCUUUCCGUUCGAAUGAGGAGGAUGUUGUGGAUGAGGGCUCAAUUGUCUCUUUUGGUGAUGAUUCGGUUGAGGAAGUGAUUCAGAGAGAUAGUAUGAGCAGAAGCUCUGAGGAGUUCAUCAUUGAUUUGGUCCAAUCGGAUGUGAUUCCUGAGCUCAAAUGCAUUACUCAUUUAAUGUUUGAUUCAAAUUAUGAUCAGGAAUGUUGCCAGGCCUUUAUUAGUGUCCGAAAAGAUGCCUUGGAUGACUGCAUAUUCAUUCUUGAAGUGGAGAAAUUGAGCAUUGAGGAUGUGCUAAAGAUGGAAUGGAGCACCCUGAAUACAAAAAUCAGGAGAUGGAUGCGGGCUAUGAAGAUCUUUGUGCGAGUCUAUCUUGCCAGUGAGAAAUGGCUGAGCGACCAGAUCUUUGGGGAGCUUGACUCAGUUAGUUCUGCUUGUUUUGUAGAGGCAUCAAAAGCCUCAAUGUUGCUGUUUCUGAAUUUCGGCGAAGCCAUAGCCAUUGGCCCCCACCAACCAGAGAAAUUAUUUCGCAUUCUUGACAUGUAUGAGGUGCUAGCAGAUCUUACUCCAGAUAUAGAUGCUUUAUACAACAAUGAGAUUGGUUCUUAUGUUAGAACCGAAUGCCAAGAUGUUUUAAGGAGACUGGGUGAUUGUGUGAAGGCAACAUUUCUUGAAUUUCAGAAUGCCGUUGCUUCUAACAUAUCAUCAAACCCUUUUGCUGCUGGUGGAAUUCAUCAUCUGACUAGGUAUGUCAUGAAUUACCUCAGGACUCUCAUGGAUUACAGUGACUCUCUUAAUGUGGCCCUCAAGGACCAGGACAGGGAAGAGCCCCCCAAAUCAGUUUCACCAGAUAUGAGUCCAGUUGACGAUGAAGAUUCCACAAGCGGAAGAUUUUCUUGUUGUUUCUCACCAAUGGCUCUACACUUCCGAUCCCUCAUUUCCAUUCUAGAAUGCAACCUUGAGGAUAAAGCCAAGUUAUACAAGGAUGACUCUCUCCGGCACCUUUUUUUGAUGAACAAUAUACAUUACAUGGCUGAGAAAGUUAAGGGUUCUGAGUUAAGAACUAUCUUGGGAGAUGAUUGGAUUCGCAAGCACAUAGGGAAAUUCCAACAGCUCGCAAUGAACUAUGAGAGAGCCACUUGGAGUUCAAUCCUCUCCUUACUCAAGGAUGAGGGGAUUCAGCACCACGGUUCAAAUUCCUUUUCAAAAUCUCUUCUCAAGGAGAGGCUCCAAAACUUCUACCUUGCUUUCGAGGAGGUUUAUAAAAGCCAAACCGGAUGGUUAGUAGCAGAUAGUCAGCUUCGAGAAGAUCUACGAAUCUCAACAUCCCUUAAGGUGAUCCAGGCCUACCGGACAUUUGUAGGAAGACAUCUCAACCAUAUUAGUGACAAGCACAUUAAGUAUAGUGCUGAUGAUCUAGAGAAUUUCCUCUUGGACUUCUUCGAGGGAGCUCCAAGAUCAUUACAUAAUUGCCACUGGAAGUGAUAUCCGAGAGGGUAUACUCCGGGAUAAUCUACUGAAAUGGUAUGGUACAUCCUCUCUCUCCCAAUAUAUGUAAUGCAAUAAGGCUAAAAGGAUUGUGGCGUUGUAAUAUCUUGUGUUCACUUUGUUGUGAUAGUAAAAAUUGGUGUUAUCAACACACAUUGGUUUAA